UUCGGAAUCGCAUCUUGAGACCCGCGAAGCGUCUCAGCUCGGCCCUCAUCCUUCCCGCAGCGGCGGCGGCCCGGGCCCCGCGGGCUCUGGACCAUGUACACCCGCAGUGGGGUGCAGGGCUCCGGGUUCGGAGCCCCCGCCGCCUCCCGCCCGGCCCGGGACCCCGCUGCGUGGCGCGGGGAGCUGGGCCCGCCGGAGGGCCCCAGGCGGGGUUUGGAGGAGGCUCCCGAGAGCCCUUCGCGGGAGAGCCCGGAGCACGCGGGCCGGAGGUUCACAGGUGCAUAUACCUUGAUAAUACCAAAUGAAAAACGAAGAAAUGAGAUGCAACGGAUGGCUGCAAAAGAGCUGGAGGACCUGAAGAGGUGGAAGGAGCAACAAAGGACGAAGCCCAUUAACCUGGCACCCAUGCAGCUAGGUGGAAACCAGUCAGAGGUUGAAGUCAGGCAGAGACAACAACUUCAACUGAUACAAUCUAAAUACCAGAAAAAGCUUAAAAGAGAAGAAUGUAUAAGAAUCAAGAGGGAAGCUGAAGAAGCCGAAAUCCAAAAAAUGAAGGCAGUUCAGAGACAAAAGAGCAAUAAACUAGAGGAGAAAAAGAGACUUCAAGAAAACCUCAGAAGAGAAGCUUUUAGAGAACAUCAGCAAUGCAAAACUGCUGAGUUCUUGAGAAGACUCGACACACAGUCGCCACACAGAGGUACCUGUCCAGUGGCUGUUUGUGACCCACAAUCUUCAGCUUGGAGUGAAUUACUGGAAUUUAAACGAGAGCAAGAGGAGGAAGAAAGAGCCAAAAUCCACCAGGCUGAACACAGGAGGGUAAAUAAUGCUUUUCUGGACCGACUCCAAGGUGAAAGUCAGCCAGGUGGCCUCCAGCACUUUGGAGGCUAUUGGAAUAUGAAUAGUGGUAACAGCUGGGUGAGUUUUAUUUUUAUUUUUUCUAAAAAAAAUCUUUCAAAGUUGAAGAAUAAAAACAAUGAGAGUUUUAAAAAUACGUUGUGGCCUUCUCCCCAGAUACUAUUUUUUUUGGCGUGCUAUUCAGCUGUGUGAUGGGCAGUCAGCCAGGGUGAUUACUGUAAAUUCCACAAUAGCUUCUGAGAGAUGGAGAAGGUCCUGAUUUCAGCUCCAGUCAAUGCCAAUCACAAUAAAAAAUGACACCUGCCCUUUGUUUGCUGUGUGAUUGCCUGGACUGCAAGGCUUUUUAAAAAGUCACCCUUUGCCCAGACCUAAAACAAAAACAAAUGAACAUUUUUUUUCAGGAAGAUUUUCAGUGACAUAUGGUUAUAAAAAUAGUAAGCAUUCUCUUGUAAUAUAUUCUUUCAGUGAAACUAGCACGUCAAAGAAACCAGCAUUUAAUUUUUCACUACAAAAUGAUUUUUAAAAACCCCUACAGCAAAAUGCACUUUUUGAAAAUGAAAUGUUCUUACAGAUUUCCGUGAAGAAAACCUUGCAACUGUGUUGUAAUAUGUGUGUAAUGUGUUUUGUGUGCACAAUAUAUUAUUGAAACAGCACCAAAGCUUUGGAAUGUAUGGGAUUGUGGGGUUUCCAAUGUGUACAGAAUCAAAACUAACUACAGUGGGUUUUACAAUUUAAUUGAAGCCCAAGUGUAUAUGUACCUACUCAAAAAAAAAAAGAAUGGAUAGAAACCUUUAAACUGGUAAAAUACAACAAAGUAAUCAAAUGCUUGCUGACCUGGAAACUCUAGAGGAGAUCACCCCUUAACAAAUACCUGAUGGACAAAAGAUCAUUUUUGAGAAGACAAUCUGUUAGAAAUCUUAUAUGCAUGUUUCCUUGGAAUGCAUCUAGUGGUUAAAAUUUAUGGAUAGAUUUCAAAAAUGUAUAUAUAUAUUGAAGAUAAUUAAGUGUAGACAAAUUUGUAGAGAAUGCACAGUGGAUGUGUCUAUUUAUAAGGUAUGCUCAUGUGUAUCACUAUGGCAUUCAGAAUAGGGACAAUGUACAAGAGAGAAAAAAGAAUCAAAACACAGUGUCUUUGCAUCUUGUGUGAAAUUGACAUAUUACUGACUUAUAAGAAUACACGAGUAAGAGUCAUGUGGAAAAUAGGGCAUUGUGAAUUUAAGACUAUCCAAGUUUAUAGAAUUUAUAAGUUGUGAAAUGUGAUUGAAACUCAGCUUUUGGACAGGACUUGGAAACUUGCUGUAUAUUUUCUCCUCUACUUAAUAAUUCCUCCACCACCACCACCACCAAUUUAGAAGGUACAUAUACAUAGAAAAAUACCUGGGAUUGAAGGGAAGAUGAUGGGAGAGAGUAAAUGAAGACUGCAUGGGCUGCUGUUAGGAGAAUGAGGAUAUGGGAGUCUGGCUCACCACUGACUAUUGGUAGGUCUUAGGUAAGUGAGCUGUGAAUCUCCACUUAGGUUCCUCACAGAUAAAAAGGGAGGAACAUUGCUUUCUCGCGAUGUGAUGUGAGUGAGAAUGAUUGAAGAUUCCUUAGUAAGAUAGGCAUAUCCAAGUCCAAAGUGUAUAUUGGCUUCUCCCUUGCGUGAAAGAAGCAGUGACACAAAGGUAAGAACUUGCGCAGUCUCCCAUCUCCACCUCACUUACCUACACACAUCUCUUCCUCUAUGUCUGCUUUUCCUUAUGGACCAGAUUCUAUCUCCUCCACCUACUGGGGGACUUUGUUCUAACAAUGUUCUUCUCUCUCUCCUGAACUGUCAGCUGUCAUCUUGACUAGAAAAUUCCCAUCAGCAGAAAAAUAAAUAUACAUUAUGUAUUGAAGCCCCUUUCCCUUUUGCUACUGUCCUGUUUCUUUGUUCCCCUUUAGAGAAAAACUUUGAGGUAUCUAUCCUGUCUCAAAUUUCUUUCCUCCCUUUUCUGUUAAACCCAGUCUAAUCGGAAUUUAGACCAUAUCUGUCUAACCACAGUGUUCUUCUCAUGGUUACUGACAUUGUCUACAUUACAAAAUCAAAUGGUUAUUUCUCAAUUUUCAUCUUUUGACCGAUCAGCAUCAUUUGUCAUGGUGAAUCACUGCCUCCUCUUUGAACCUCUUUUUUACUUGGCUUCUGGGACACUGUACUCUCCUGGGUUUCCACCUAUUUCAGUGGCCACUCCUUUCUGUUCUCCUUUGCUGAAUCCCCUGUAUCUUUCUGUCCUCUUAACAGUGGAGUGCCUCAGGGAUCCACCUUGGACCAUCUUCUUUACAUUCAUUUAAUACCUUCAUGGCCUCAUUCAUUCUCAUGAAAUUAAAUACCAAUAUGCUCUGUACUCCCAAAUUUCAAUUUCCAGCCUAGACCUCUUCCUCUAGACUUGCAGAUCCAUUUGUCUACCCAACAUCCCUACUUGCAUGUCUAAUAGACAUUUCAACCUUAAUAUGUCUAAAACUUCACCUUUGAUCCUCUUUACCCCAAUGCUCUAUCUGCACUUUUUCCUGUUUGCAUAACAGUACAACCCAUCUCUCACAUCCUCACAGCUGACCCAUCAUCAAAUCUUCUUGACUCUUCCUUCAGAAUAGAUCCCAACCUCUAUCACUGCUCAUCUCAAUUCUUGAAAUAGUCUCCUCGAUGGUUUCCUUGCUCCCACACUUACCCACCUAGAGUCUGUUCUCAAUAUGAGACUGAAAAAUAAGUCAGACCCUGUCACUCCUCUGCUCAAAGCCCUCCAAUGGCUCUGAUAACUCUCCAAAUGUUUGGAGUAAAAGCCAAAGUCCUUAGAGUAAAAGCCAAAGGAUUUCUAUUUACUAACCCUUACAGGGGCUCCAUGAUCUAGACCCCACUCUACUCCUCUGGCACUCUCCUCCUACUGCCCUUCUUCCUCAUUCCUCCCAGCCAUGCCAGCUUUCUGGCUGUUCUUUGAAAACUUAAGAACUGGCUGCUCCCUCUGUACUCUUCUCCAAAGUGUCCAAACGAUUUGUUCUCUUUCAAGUAUUUUCUUGCGUUCCAAGAAUUCCUUGGCCAUUCAUUUAAUGCUGCCACCUGUGCCCUUACCCCAGGCUCUUGUCAUUCUCUUUGCAGUCUCCAUUUCUUUAUUCAGUAGCACUCUGCAACUUCUAGCCUAAUUUUCUAACAUCAUUUUCUUAGAUGUUUUGUUGACUAAUUACUCUUAUUCUCUCCCUGUGGUAAUUUAUGUUCCCUCUUCCAUCAGAGCAGGGCCCUUUGACUGUUUUGUUCACUGAUAUAUCCCAAGCAUAACACAGUGACUGGAACUUACCACAAGCACAGGGAAACAUGUGGUUGUGGCUGAGGUCACCAAAAUGACAGAGAUUUAGAACCAAAUGAUUUGUUAUAAUAAAAUGAUUAGAUACUGAAUUUAAAGUAACUAUGUAUAAAACAUUUGAUGGAAUAGAUAUUGGAUUUGAAACGAUGAGCAAAAACAAGAGAUACAGACAACCAGGAAGAUUUCAAAGAGAGCAAAACAGAACUUCUAGGAAUAAAAAAAUACAAUCUUUGAAAUUAAAGCACCCAAUGAAUUUAUAACAAAAAGAAUACAAAUUAAGAAUUAAACCAAAAUAUCAUUUUUCAUCUAUUAUUUGGCAAAGCACAAGAGACUGACAACAUACUCUGUUGGCAAGAUGGGGGAAACAGUUUCUUUCACACUUUGUCGGUGGGAAUUCAAAAUGAUUUAAACCAUAUCUAGAUUAGUUACUGUCUUCCCAUAAAAUAAAAACCAGGCCUACACAUAUUACAGAAAAGUUUUACUAAAUGUUCAAGAAACAGAUUAUUCCAAAUGUCUAGAAUGUUUUCCAGAUAAAUGAAAAGGAGGGAGUAUUCUUCCAAAGGAUUAAGCAGGUGAAUGUAACUAUGAAUCAAAAUCAAAGACUAUACAGAAAAUAAAUUAUAGCCAGUCUCACUCAUAAACAUAGAUUAAAAAAAUCACAACAAAAUUUUGACAGAUUCAAUUAUGAAUUUCUUAAAAAAAGCAUAGUAUAUCCUUAUCAAAUUAUAUUCAUCCCAGAAAUACAAGCUUGGCUUAUCACAAAUAAACAAAAAAAACCCCAAAAAAUCUCCGAGAUAAUUUACCUCAUAAAUUAUAGGAGAAACACCAUAUGAUCAUCUCAAUAGAUACAGAGAAAGCACUUGAUAAGUUUCAAUACUCAUUUGCAGUAAAAACUUCUAGCAAACUAGGAAUAGAAAAGAAAUUUCUUUAGCUAAUACAGGGAUCAAAGUUCUAUAAUAAAAACACAUCAAAAGCUUUUCUUUUGAAUCAGAUAUAAGCAUUGAAAAGGAAAAUAUUUAUAAAUCACAGAUGAUACAAUUAUCUACUGAGAAAAUCCAAAAGAAUUUAUAUUAAAAUUAUUAGAAUAAACAAGGGCCUAGCCAUGUUGGUAGAUAGAGGAUCAAUAUAUAAGAACUAAGUUUGUCUCUACGCGUAGAGAAUCAACAAAAAAACCUAAUAAAAAGGUAAAACCAGAGAUGUAUAUUACCUUUAAAAUACAUAUACAAUUUUAUAGAAAGACAUUAAGGAAUAAAUAAAUGGUGUUUUACCUUGUUAAUGGAUAAGAAUGAGGUCUCAAAUAAUCCGUUGAUUUAGUUAAAUUCUAAUCAGAGCAAAGAACCAAGAAUAGCCAAUUCACUCCUAAAAAUAUAGAAGUACAUAUGGGACUUAAUAAAAUAUUUAAUAUGGUAUAGAAUUGGCACAGGCAGUCCCAACUAUUUCUAGAAUUUUGUUGUAUGACAAAAGGUAGAGCCCAUCAUAAGGGGAAAAUGGACUCUUCAACAAAUGCUGUUGGGACAAUUGAGUACCCACAUGAAAUCAUUAAAAAAAUCAAUUCCAGGUAGAGUAAAGCUUAUAAAUAGAAAGGAAGACUUUUUAAAUUCUAGAAGAAAAUAGACUAUUUAUAAAAUUGAGCUAGGGAGGAUUUCAUAAGACCCAAGGUAUAAACUAAAAAGAAAUGAUAAAUAUACAUUAAAAUAAAACAUCUGUUCAUCAAAGGACACCAUACAAAAAUAAGAAAAGUUAUAAACUAAACUUUUAGUGUGGAUAUGUUUUAUAAAUAAUAAGUGGACAAGAGGUUAGUAUACAGAAUAUAUUUAGAAUGUGGCAUUUGUUUAGAAGUUGGUAGAUGACAAUUAAGCUCCUACAAGGAAUGAGAGAGGAGGGCUCACAGAUGGGGCUUGGAGGAUAUGCUGGAAUCAGUAAAAAGCCAAAGACAGAGAAAGAAAGGAGGAAGGCAGAAAAUAUGAUAAAACUAUGAUGAAAGCCAAAGAAAAACUUGUUUCUUGAAACAUCAUAUGGACACUUAAGUAGUAGGCCUUUGAUCAGCAUAUUUUGGGUAGAAAAAUUAGACCGAUCUUUAUUUUUAAAGCUUUUUCUAAUUUAAAUCACAUUCUUCUCAGGUUACUUAAUACAUAUUUGUUAUUUGAUUAUUUAUUUAUAAUUUU